UGAAGAGUAGAGUAAAGAAAGAGAUAUGAACUUUGAAGAGUAAAGUAUAAAAAUAUGAGGUGAAAAGAAGUUGAUAUUAAGUAAGCAAGUUGUGUAACGAACAAAAGAGGUUUAUAGAUCAAUAAUGGAACACAGCUAUUGUUGAACAGCCCGGAGUUGUUGAAAAGUGUUCGAUAUGCUAACAGAUAUUAUUAUUGCGGUAAUAAAGAAGAAUAAUUUUAAUGAUGACUGAUAAUUAAAUGUGUUGCAUGGGGUUUGUUAUUCUCGAAAACGCCUCCAGUUGCUGACGUCUCAUGCUCUGACUUGUUUGACAGGACGACUGUGAUUGGUGUGAGAUGAAUUAAUUUGACCAAUCACUACACGUCUUUCUAUAUGCUGCUGAAUUCUUCAACGACAGCUCGCAAUGUUGUAUGGAAAACAGAGCGGGAAAUUCAGUAAGACUAUUUAAAUUCUCCAAAAACAAACCCACAAAUCCAAACAACAACCAAACGAAAGGAGAACCUUUCCUUUCUUUUAUUUUCCUUUUUUUUUUCGAGGAAAGAACGAAGACCCCCCUCUAAAAACUUCCUAUUUCCCCCUUCUAUUACCGAACACAGUGAUGGGAUUUCUUACUAUUUUCUACCAUGUUGUCUUCAGACCAAUAAUUCUAAUGUUGCAAGGAUUGUCCACUCCUUUCAUAUUUCUCGGACAACUACUGCUCAGUUUCGUUUCAGAUGAUACUUUAGAAAGUAUUGAUUACAACGAAUGUAAAUAUCCUAAGCCUGGUUAUGCCGGUUCUCGCGAUGAAUUGGGUAGUGAUCGAACCGGCAGUUUCAGUCGUGACAGUUUUAGAACAAAUAACCUUAGAAAUCGCAGCGUGUCCUGUCCAUUAUCACCUGCAGGCUUAGAGGACAGUUAUUGUCCAUUACUGUCGGACGUCCCUGGCCUAAGGCAUUCCCCGACUGUUACAAUGGAGUACCAUGCCAUCAACAUACCCCAAGCUACCCGUCAGCGUGAAAAAAUCGGUGCAGGUGUGCUUGUGUGGUUAAGAAACUUGCUUCAUACGAUAUUGGGUUCAGUACCACGGUGUGGCAGUUUGGAUUCUUCCGGUUUGGUGUUUAACAGCAAGGCAAAAGCUCUAAAAGAGAUGAAGAAAUACAAAGAUGCCAGGUUUAAGUCUUUCCAAACAUUCCAGGAAGCUGAAGAGUUUACUAGGGCAAAUCUAACUUCAAUCGCUGAUGACAGUGUUGCAGUGAAGUUAGCAGGAUUAAAUGAAAAGGGAAGUUACAGGAUGCCACGUACCAUCGAGUUGCUGAAAAUGAGGGAACUCAUCGAAUCGGGCCAAUACAAAAAUUUCAAACAGCUCAUUACCUGCAAUCCUUAUUUCUUGGUCAGCAGUGGGGACACCCCACCUCUUUUGCACGUGGGUGCCCGUUACAACGCUUUUCAUAUCGCUGCCAAAAUGAAUAAGCCUGAGAUUAUCAAAAUAAUCCUUGAAGUCAUCCAGGAUCCAAAUUUCUUCUGCAAAUUGUAUGGUAUCAAUGAUGAUAGCAUAUGUGAUAGAACAGAGCGUCUGAUAGAUUACUACCUUAACACACCAGACAAAGGGUCAUGUGAAACACCACUACACUUUGCUUGCAAGGCUGGCUACAAAGGCGUCAUCGAAGUCCUUGUGAACCAUCCAUUGACCAAAAUAAAUGCAAAGAAUAAACUUAACAAAACUCCACUGGAUUUGAUACCAGAAUCAAUUAGUGCUUCUUCAAGGAAACAGAUUGAGAGAUUCUUAGAAGAACGCUGUUAUGUGCCUUUAUAUAGAGAUGAAGAUAACCUAAGCCCGCCUCGAAUAGGUCAACCUUGCAGUCCAGUGUAUACUUGUGAUGCUCAGAGUCCACCUUUCAAUCAAGUGCCUUCAGUUGACUCCCCCGAAGGGUCACCACUGAGCUCUCGUAUGUUGUCCAGUGUUGUCAAAGCUUAUGCUGGGCCAAUGUCCCCUGAGCAGGCUAAUGAGUUCAGAAGGAAUUGGAAACCUUCCCGAGAUAAGGAGACUAUUGAUGAUCUGAGAUCUGACCAAGAGAAAGGAUAUGAGCGUAUUGGACGACAACUUGCUCAAAAAUGCAAAUUCGACUGGCGAGAAUAUUGGGACUUUUUGGAUUCUUACACUGAUAUUUCUAAACCUGACGGGCUUGAGAAGCUCGAGACCUAUCUCCAAAACCAGUUCUUAACAUUCAAUGUUCACCGCAGCCUGGAAGCUCUUUAUAUAACUGAAAACAUCACUUCACAGAAAACUAUUGAGUCAAUAAAAUCACUCAAGAACAUGUUUACUGUUGACAGCAACAAAAAUGUUUCUGGUUUUGGCCAAUCGCUAAAUUCUAGUGAUUCUUCUACAUGUCAGCAGCAAAGUAAAAAGCAGGAAGAUAAUUGUGAUAUAAAUAUUUGUUUGCCAGUUGUAGUUGUAACUGAAAAGGAAAAAGAAGAGGAGGAGCAGGCUAAAGAAGGCCAGUCGAACAAAAUGUUCGUCUCAAUCAACAAGCAUUUUAAAAGUCAUAAAAAAUUAUCUGGUGUGAAAGACUUUAAUGAGAUUAUGGACUCACUUGCCAAAGAGUUUGGCACCAAACUGGUCAUCGUUGGCGGUAGCGCAGAUUCCGAUGGUUCUGCAACUAGCAAUGCUGCGUGGAUGGACUCUGUUGACUCAAAAGAUGAUCACCAACAUUCCAUCUACACCACAUUUUCAAACCUUAGCGAUGUGUUUGGCAAUGUCCACGACAAACAGCCUCUCACUGUGUCUUUAGCUAAACCCAGUGCUUCUCCCCUAUUACCAUCAACACCAGUGAAAGACAAUGCUACCUUGCCCCCCGAUACCGUCCUUUUAAAUGUCUCCUCACCAACUGGCCUCAACAUAGAUGUCCCAGCCAAAGCAGCUCGUUCACCACCAAAGUCAAAAUCUGUCAUGAAUAUAUACCUUAAUGGGUUUGAACCCUCAAAGUUGGACCUGGACGUCUACCGGUGUGUUAAAGAUGUAGAGCUGGACUCUCGAACGUAUCCCUACAUAUACAAGUGGUUUCAGAAAGUGAAGUCUUUCACAGCUGAUGAGCAACACAGUUGGCGAAGUCCUGUUAAAUGUUUCAACACUACAAGAAACCAAAACCAAAACCAAAUGUCACCAUCAUCCCAUUCACAUCGACGCGGUCAUCUAAGUAACCCCAGCAGCAGAAGAAUUCUUUUUGGCUCUCCAAGUCGCUGAAUCAACAACAACGACAACAACAAAUGACAUUAUAAUUUUAAAUGGCUUCUUCUCAGUUUCCUUUUUUUUUUUUUUUGUCUCAUUUUCUUUCACAGGUCUUGUUUUAAUUUUACACAAUAUUUUUAUAAAAUAUUUUCAUAGGUUUUAUAUAUAUAUAUAUAUAUAUAUAUAUAUAUAUAGGUUAACCACUCAAAAAAACAGAGACGGAUAAAAACCAAAAUAUCCCGAUAGUUGCAAGGUGGUGAUUAAGACUAACUUUGACACAGUGCUCCAGCAUGACCACAGUCCAGCAGACUGAAACCCGUAAAAUGGAUACUAGUGUGAGCCUGUGACAUUAAAUGGUUUGGAAAGAAAGAGUGAAAGAAAACAAAACAAUUUAUUUUGCCUUUGGAAUGUAAGAAGCUGAUGAAGAAUUUACAAGACAGAAAGAAGAGUUUGUCUCUUAAAUAGACCUGAAGUUCACAGAAAUGCCGAAUGAUUUCAAAACUACAAAUGUUUAUGUCCUGUUUGUAAUAGCUGAUUGUUGUUGCUUUUUAUUUUUAUUCUCUUUUAUUUUUAAUUUUCUUUUGCUGCUGUUGUUGUUGUUGUUUUUAUUGUUUUUAAUCAAGCACCAGUUGUGCUUUCAAGACACUGUGAUAAGAAUAUGAGCUAAACAAACAAGUUUUUUUGUUGUUUUUUUUUUGUUUUUAUUUAUUCUUAUAUUCUUUUAUAAACUGUACAGAAUUCUGAUGUAAUUUUUUUAAAAACUUUCCUUUGUACAUACAGAGGUUAAGAUCAGAAUAAAAAGCUGUGUGUGUGUGUGUACAUGUAUGAAUGUUUAUGUGUGUGUGUGUGCAUAUACAUGUAUGUAUAUGUGUGUGUAUAUAUGUAUGUAGAUGUGUAUAUGAAUACAUAUAUGGAUAUAUAUAUGUAUUAUGUGUAUGUUUGUGUGUAUAUGCAGAUAUGUUUAUGUAUAUAUAUAUGUGUGUGUAUGUGCAUAUAUAUGUGUGUGUCUGUGCGUGUGUUUGUAUAUAAUAAAGAAUUCUUUUCCAAAGUGUACAGAAUAAUUCUAUUUUAUUUUUAUCCCUAUCUUAUUUUUUAAUUUCCAUUAGUAUUAUUUUUUUUUUAAUGUACAUUAAAAGAAUAAUAAGGCUUUAUAUUGAAAAUGAAAAUUUUGAUAAAGCCCUUCAUUGUUCUUUAUUUCAUUACUGACACGCAACACCCCAAUUCCCAGCCUCCUACAACCCACCAAAUCUUAAUUCUUCCAUAUUAAAAACAUGAAAGAACAGAAAGAAAAACAAAACAAAACAAA